GUAUAAAAAGACAUUCUCGGAUGAGAAAAUUAGUUUCGUGCAGUUAACAAUUCAGUCUAAGUACAGAAGUCGUACAUUUUGUGUUUACAGAAGCGUUAUUUGAGUUCAAUUUCUCAUCAUGGCUCGAAGACACAUAAUUUCUGCGGCCUUCCUGAUGCUCGUUUCUGCAAAUAUGAUACAAGGAGCAGCAAUUGUGGAAACAGCACCAAGUUUCUUCCAUGAAAGCACUUUUCCCAAUUUCGUGAACCUUGUCGGUCUACCCAGGAUUGGCGAGUUAUCUCAUAAUGCUGCGUCAUCAGCGGCUAGUGCAGCAUCGAGCGCUGUCAACGGCUUCAAAACGUACGUUGAUAACUUCCGUACUGGUUUGGCCCAGCAUAUACAAGUUCCACCUUCAUAUCCUAUCUUGCACCGCUUUGUGCAUGGAGACAUAUGGCCGAGUUAUGGCGGUCCAGCAACGGGAAUUGUUUCUGACGGUGUAAUAGCGCCACGUUUUUCAAGACGCUACGGUGCUAAAAAUGGUGCUGCUUCCGCUGCAAGUUCUGCUGCAUCUGGGCACGCAGUAUAGCGUUAAGCUUGCAAUCCACAAAAAAAUGUCGAAGCUGAAAUAUUAUAUGCAUAAUAUAUAAUGCAAUAGAUUUCUACAAUGUCCUUAAUAUGCUUACUGAUAAGUAAGUUUAAUUAAGUACAAUCAAAAUAAUAAAAGGAAGUAACCUCAAGUAACAUGUAAUUUCAACAUUUGUUAAUUACACAAUAGAUGUAAGGUACUUGUUUCUUGACAUAAAAAAAUAAAAAAUUCUUUCCUUAUGGAUA